UUGGUUUUUCGAGACAGGGUUUCUCUGUGUAGCUUUGCGCCUUUCCUGGAUCUCACGCUGUAGACCAGGCUGGCCUCGAACUCACAGAGAUCCGCCUGCCUCUGCCUCCCGAGUGCUGGGAUUAAAGGCGUGUGCUACCACCGCCCGGCUGCCAUUUGUAUUUUUUUAAAGCUUUUAUUUUUUAAUUACGUGUUGAUGCACAUGUGUGAAGGUGCCCAUGGAGGCCAGAGGAGGGCGUGGGAUCCCUGGAGUUAAAGUUCAGGCCGUUGUAAGCCAUCUGCCAUGGUGCUGGGAACUGAAUUCAGAUCCUCUGCGAGAGUCUAAUACACAUCCUUGCCCACUGAGCCGUCUCUUUGGUCUCCUGUAUUUCAGUUUUCUGACAGGCAAACACAUUCAAACAAUUUUAAGCGUGGUCAAAUUUGAUGAUGUUAUAUUCAAAACCUUGUGUUUUGAACUGUUGGUUUUUGAGAGUGGCAUAUAUGUUGGUAGGUUCUCACCUAUUGCACACAGAAAGCCUCCGUAAGCUGUCCCGGGUACUCACCCCGCCAUGGUUUUGGAUAUGGGCCUGCACUCUUAGCCCAGGACAUUUGGUCUCAUCCGGGCCUUUCUGUUUCCCAGUGAUCAAGUGGAAACCCCAGGAAGCCUUCAACCAGACCCAGUCCAGCUCCCUCCUGCAUGACCCUGUGGAGGGGAGGGACAGCACCAAUUGUACCAGGACCCUGAGGCUGCCAGAUGCCACCAGUGCCGCCUGGUACAUCCUCACCAUCAUCGGCAUCUAUGGUGUGAUCUUUGUCUUCCAGCUGGCCAGCAACAUCCUCAGGAAAAGUGAGAGGUCCUUGGAGGACAUUUGCUAUUCCAACUUAACUUCUGAACUCAAAAGGGAAGGGUUUCAGAGCAAGGUAGCUGCGUGCUCACUGGUCAUCAGCAAUGCAGCAGCCCUCCAGCCUCAGCAGGAUGGCCUGGACCCAAGACGGGAAGAAGACAGGCUCCACAGGGGAACCCAGGGGGUCCCCUGAAAGCCAAGGCCGGCAGAGCACCAUUGGAGGCCUCAGCUGUUUUACAGGUAGAGAAGUUUGGGGCCUGCCAGGGAUCUUGAGAAAGGAACUGGGCCCUGGAUUAGGGCAUGGUGAGCAUCUCUGGCCAUGGACACUUCUGAGUGUGGACAGUCACCAGCAGCUUGUCUCAGUUUUUUUCUGGUCUAAGAAGAAGGAACAAUAGAAGCCAUAGGUCGGAAGGGUACUCAGGGUCCCCGGAGUGAUUCAGGAUACUCCUGAGGGUAAAGAGGUGGCUUCUUGUUGUGGGAUGAAGGCUGAACGUGGAGUCAAAUGCUUGGCAUUAACAAUCAACUUCUAGGGAUUGUAUACAUUUCUGAGUGGCAGUUGAUCACCUGGAACAUGUAGGAGUUGGGAUUGUCACCAAUAGUGACUUUGUUUUAAAGACUUACUCCACUGACUUUAGGACCAAAGUUGUUCGUAGCGGAAGCUAAUCAGUCUUCAUUUUCUCUGGAAGAGUGGGCGCACUGAACAAAGAAUUAAUUUUGGACUCAGGAGCUCCAGACUCUGGUCUUUGAUGUCUGAGGACCUAUGACUGAACUUCUCUGAAACUUAGUUUACAGGUCACAUGAGGAGAAUGAAGCCAGGGCUUCCAGCCGUACCACAGAGGUAGGCUCUAGGGAGAUCCUGCAUGGGAUUAUGUUUCGAAAUACAAAACGCACACAGAGAAGUGUGUUGUAGUAGCUGAGACGGCGGUGGUGAUGGCGGUGGACACUGAAUGGGCAGAGUGAGUGAGGCUGGUUGGCAGCAGCAGCGAUGGCAAUGAUGGUGUUGAUGGUUUUAGUACUUGGGGUUUCUCAGAAUUCACUAAGUCCCAUUUUACUUCUUGAAUUAAGUUCUAGUCAGCACUCAGGUGAACUUAAUUAUCGCAUUUCUGUACAUCAUUGUACUAUGCUCUCAUUGAUGCUCCCCAGCCCCUGCUCUUCUCUGCGGCCCUUCCUGUUUCCAAAUGGUGCCCCUUUCAUGUCACACAUUGUCACCUGCUCCUGCUCCCUUUAGACCUCUGCAUCCUCCCUCAUAGUUUUCUCUCUAUUUCCUGUGUGUAAACGCACACACACAACCCCCUACACACAUGUAUAAUUCAAUCUAUCUCUACACAGAU